AUGACGACGGAAAAUGAAUCAAAUUUAUGUUCAAUCUGCAAUAAAUUUUCAGCUAAAUGUUUUUGCGUUGGAUGUAAAAAAUAUUUUUGUUCGAAAGAUUUCAAAGAACAUGAACAACAAUUAUCGACGAAAUUUGACAAUGAAAUCGUCAGAUCACAUGAUGAACUUCUUGAUCAAAUACAAAAAUUAGAAAAAUCAAAUUAUUCAUCAUUAGAUUUUUUUGAUCGAAUCGAACAAUGGAAAAAAACAACAAUAAAAAAAGUAGAAGAAGCAGCAGAAAAAGCUCGUCAUAAACUUAUUGAAUUGAUUGAAAAACAAAGAAUAAAAACAAUACAACAAAUAGAACCAAUAACAAAAGAAAUUCGUCGUCGUCAAGAAGAAGAAAAUUUUAUUGAAAAUGAUAUGGAUCAUCUUAAACAAAAACUCAAUGAGGUCCAACAAAAAGUUGAAAACUUUUUUCAAAAGCAUAUUAAAAGAUCAGUCGUUAUUGAUAAUCAAAAUCAAAUUGAUUGGAAUCAAUUCAUCUAUGUACGCGAAGAACCACCAAAGUCACCAUUAUUGUACAGUUCAAAUCUGAAGACUAAUGCAGAAUCAAUAGAAAAUCCUGUCAUUGUGGCUGGAGGAAAUGGAGAAGGUAGUGAAAUGAAUCAACUCAACUGUCCAUGGGGUUUGAAUGUUGAUGAUGAUCAAACUAUCUACAUUGCUGAGUACAACAAUCAUCGUAUUGUUAGAUGGAAAUAUGGUGCGACGGCUGGUCGAGUUGUAGCUGGUGGAAAUGGAGAAGGAAAUCGUCCUAAUCAAUUGAGAGGUCCGACCAAUGUGAUUAUCGAUAAACAAACAGAUAAUCUUAUCAUCUGUGAUUAUCGUAACAAAAGAGUAGUUCGAUGGCCUCGUCAAAAUGGUACCAAUGGAGAAACAAUCAUUUCAAAUGUUGGAUGCUUAGGCUCGACUAUGGAUGAUGAUGGCUUUCUCUACAUUGCUGAUUUUGAUAAACAUGAAGUUAGACGAUAUCAGAUGGAAGAUCAUCAAGGAGUAGUAGUUGCAGGUGGUAAUGGGCCAGGGAAUCAUCUUGAUCAGUUAAAUAAUCCCAGAUACGUGUUUGUCGAUCGAAACCAUUCAAUUUACGUAUCAGAUUAUAGCAACCAUCGUGUGAUGAAGUGGAUGAACGGUGCGAAACAAGGCAUUGUUGUGGCUGGUGGUCAAGAUCAAGGAAAUAGUCUAGCACAAUUAUCGAAUCCUUGUGGAAUAGUCGUGGAUCGAUCAGGUACUAUCUAUGUGGCUGACUGUUCUAAUCAUCGAAUAAUGCGUUGGUCUCCAGGAGACACACAAGGAACUGUCUUCGUUGGUGAAAGUGGUCAAGGAAGUCAAAUGAAACAACUCUCUUAUCCCAUCGGUUUAUCAUUAGAUCGAGAUGGUAAUCUCUAUGUGAGUGAUCAAAGAAAUCAUCGAGUACAAAAGUUCCUAGUUAAUUGA